AUGCUAGAACGCGCACGCAUAGAAGACAACCAUGUUGAACAACUCUGGUUGUCGGUCAAGGCCGCAACUAAAACCACGGGUGUAAUGUACCGAAUUCCUCGAGCUAACGGUAUCAGCUGGUUGAAUUCAGUCAUGAAGUUUGCCAAAAGGUCGCGUGGCUGCAUUUUUGGUGACUUUAAUUGCCUACAUAUCAACUGGUCUUGUCUAAUUCUAGUAGGCCCUGCCUCUGAGACGGAAAUCCCGUUGCUAGAAAUGGUAAACGAAGCUCCUAUCGUACAACAUGCUGCCCAGCCUACGCGGACAGCUGAUUCGGCUGAACAAUACUCCACUAUCUACUUGUCACCAACGCCCGACAGUGAAGUCUUCGACAUCCCUGAUCGAACUGAAAGUGGCAUAAUAAUUGCCUAUGAAGAUGUGGAGAAUACACUAAGUAGAUUGAUAGAUUGGAAGCAGAGUAUAAUAACUCAGAGAUACAAAGGUGGUGACCGUUUCCUGCCCCAAAACUAUCGACCAGUCAGCCUGACUUCGCUCUGUGAUCUGGUUGUCAAACUGAACGAGGAGAUUGAGAGACUAGGUAAAAUUGCAGAACAAGCCGAAAAUUUCGCGAAGGCCAUUCAGGUAUUUUUUGCGAAUGUUAAUUUUGCUGUCACUAUUGAAAUUGUGUUUUGCCCUCUGAGAACUCUCUAG